AUGAAGAACCUGCUUCAACUACCGCGAAUCUGGCAAGAAAUGCAACGGCUGUCUUGCCAGAAAUCAGGUGAUGAAUCUGCUCAGUAUGCAGCCACAGAUGUGCCUACACGUGGGACGACAAGGUCGCUCAGUAGUUUAGCAAUUUACCACAUAAACGGAUGUUUUGGUGGACUAUGUGGGGCGUCAGAAGGAGCUGAAAUAUUCCGCGGGGGUACACCUAUUGUCAUCCGAGCUGUAACUACAUUUCCAGGUCCAAUUUCGCUGAAAAGUGAUUCUUCUUCGGAACUGUAUUUUUUCCAGUCCUUACAGCCCUGUGGCCACUAG